GUUGAGCAUCCCCCACCCCAGUCCAGCUUCAUUGAAAACCUCGCUCUGACCACAAAGGUUAUGGCUUUGCAUUCGCCUGGGCACAGACUCAUUUGUGCUAGUUUCCUUGCUUUUCCAAGUUGUGGGUUGUUCAGCCUUAUACAUCAGCAUGUAUCUCUUGUUAGGAUUCAUUUGUAAAUGGAUAGCGUGGGUUUGUGGUGGAUUCGGAGGUGAUGGAGAACAACAUCCCAGUGACACUCGUAACAGUCUCCAUACCGACAGUGGCGACUACCCACGCUCAACUGACGCUGCGGAGAGUGAUGACGUCUACAAUCUCGGUAGCUCUGCUGCUCAACUUCGUCCCGUCCAACAACAGAUCAAGUAUGACGUUUUCAUAAACCACCGGGGCCCUGACACAAAGUAUUCGUUUGUCACCUUCCUUCAGGAGGGGCUCGAGGAGAAGCAGUACACUCCGUUUGUGGAUAAGUCACUGGGAGAGGGGAAACUAGUCUUCGAGGAGAUCGAAGCAGCCAUUCAAGCCACAUCGGUUCACUUGGCCAUAUUCUCUCCACGGUACGCUGAAUCGGAAUACUGCCUCGAUGAACUGGUUUCUAUGCUAAAACGUAGACGAAAGAGUCCCAACGGCGCUGUCACCUUGGUGCCUGUCUUUUACAAAGUGAAGCCUCAAGAUCUUCGCACGCCCGAUUUACCUGGAAGUCCUUUCUGGCAAGCGUUUCAGAAGAAUAAAAUCAGAUAUUCUGGUCGGCGAAUCUCAGAGUGGAGGGAAGCUCUACAUGAUGCAGCCGAUCUCAAAGGAUUUGUGUUCAAAAAAGGCGAAGAUGGGAAAGAGCUCAAAAAUAAAAUCAUCGACCGGGUGCAGGAACUAAUUGCACCACGAAGUAGGGAACAGCAGGUUCCGUGGCCAAUCGUUGGCGGCAAGGUGCUACUGGAAGGAACACUCGGAUUGCUGGAAGAAAUGGAGGACAAGGUGGGGAUACUAGGCAUAUGUGGCAUCGGAGGCAUUGGCAAAACCACACUUGCCCAGAGAGUCUACAACCUUUACUCCACUGCUCGUGGAUUUACUAAGCACACCUUUCUGAAGCUAGAAGCCAGUCAGGACAUGAAACUUUUUCAAGCUCAGGUACUCCGCGACCUCCUCAACAAAAAUGAGAAGAACUUAGAUGAAGAAUACGUGAACCACUUCGAGGGCCUCGCUGGAGUGAAAGUGUUGGUUGUCUUAGACAACAUAUGCAGCGUGGACCACUUCAAGGAACUCGUUCCCAACAUGCUGAAGUUGGGCGGGGGAAGCCGAAUAAUACUAACUUCACGUGAGAGGGAUACGAUGAGAGCCAUCAUGAACGUUGAGCCAUCCUGUGCUUUUUGCCCGCUUGAUAUGAAGAAGUUGGGACACGAAGAUUCGUUUCAGCUUUUCUGGCUCCACGCUUUCCAGAACAGAGACGUUUCAACGGCCGAGGGUAAUGUCUUUCGCCCUCUCGCAGCCAAGGUGGUUAAGUUGUGUGGAGGUCUUCCCUUGGCAUUGAAGGUUAUCGGACAACAUUUAUAUGGAAAGUCGGAGGAAGUGUGGAGUGAGGCAUCCGAGACUCUGAGGGAUAGACCUGAUAUCAUAGAUGUUCUUAGCAUCAGUUACAAGGGUCUACGGGAUCCAGACAAGAUGAUGUUCUUAGAUGUCUCUUGCCAAAUGGUUGGUUUGCUGGAGGAGGAUGCCAUCGACAUCUGGAAAUCUUGUAGGUCUUGCCCGUCCUUGGAGUGCAUGACCUCUAAAAUGGUCCAUGAUUCCUUGCAAAUUUUGAAAGACAAGUCGCUUGUGGAAGUGGACGAAGACAAAAGACUCACCAUGCAUGACCUGCUACGGGAGAUGGGCAGAAAGAUGGACGAGGUGGAGAAGAUUGGUAGUUUGAAGAGAGAAGGGCAUCGUUGCCACCUGUGGGAUCCUAGUGAAGCUGAAAAAUACCUGAAAGAAGGCAAGAUCCACUUGAUGCAACUAGAUGGAGCUCGAAUUGAGGGAGAUUUCUCCGUACUAUCUAAGAAGAUACGGUGGCUGCAGUGGAGAUCCUCGUUUCUCAGAGAACUGCCUCCCAGAUUGGACAUGAAGUGUUUGGUAAUCUUGGAUCUCUCAAAUAGUGACAACUUAGCUCGACUUUGGUCAGACGAUGAUGAACAGGCAGUGCCCAGGUUGCUGAGAGUGUUACUCCUUCGUAACUGCAGAGCAUUGAAGAAGCUCCCAAAGACCAUCAAACUACUGACCAUGCUUAGAACUCUGAAUCUUCAAGGGUGCAUUAAGCUGAAACUGUUACCAGGCUCUCUGGGCGACCUGCAAGGACUGCAGGACCUUAACUUGAAUGAGUGCCGGAACCUGGAGAGGCUGCCCGAGGGCAUAGUUAAGCUCUCCAACCUCAAGGCAUUGUCAAUGGACUUCUGCAGGAAAAUAGCGACCCUUUUCCCAACCGACGACGGAGAGCUGGGAGCAAAUCUUAUCAAAUUUUCUGCUCGAAGGGCUUCCAGCCUCACCAAACUGCCAGAAUCAUUCUCUAGGUUGUCUUUACUGGAGGAGCUCUGGCUGUCAGGGUGUUGCUCCCUCUCAGAGCUGCCACAGUCGAUGAAGGGGCUUGUCAAGUUGAGGUUUAUCCGUAUCGCAAAUUCAGGAUUAACUCAUUUGCCCACUGAUUUCGGAGAGCUUCGAAGACUAAGUGAGCUUCACAUCACAUCUUGCGACGAACUAAAAAGCCUUCCUGAGAGCUUUGGAAAGCUAGAGAUGCUGAAGAUCCUCAGGUUGAAGCACUGCACGAGCUUCAGGACGCUUUCUUGCAACUUUGGAGAACUGCCCAGAUUGACUGAACUGAACCUCGAAUCGUGUCCCAUUGAGGACUCGGACUUGCCUCUUAGCUUCGGUAGGUUGAAAAGUCUGACCUCUCUUCUCAUGCCUGACAACAAGCUGACCAAGUUGCCCAACAGUUUCAAGAAUUUGACAGCCUUGGCCAUCUUGGACAUGAGACGAAGUAGGGACCUGGCUAAUGUCGAUGCGUUGCCUGCGUUCCUUGAAGAACUGGAGCUCAGUGGCUGCCGCCAACUGGUUUGUGUGGACCUCCAAGAGAAGGUGAAAAAGCUCAGAAAACUCAGCCUCUAUAACUGCACAAGGCUAACUCAAUUGCGAGGCCUGGAAUCUAGUGAAUGCACUGCUCUUGAGAAAAUUGAUGUCUAUAGAUGUCGCAGCUUGUCGCAUCUGUAUGAGGAUCAGGUCUCCAACUCGAAUUUGAGAGAAUGUUACUUGAGUGGAAGUGGUGUGUGCCUCCCGUACAACAACGAUUGGUCACAGAUCAGUGCGCCAAGUUGUCAAGUGAUCAGUUACUACGACCAUGCCAUCGGGUUUGUGGAGAACACAAUGAUGAGGAAGAUAUGUUCAGUGCGAGAUGCGAAUGAGCUGUGCUUGGAGACGAGAAUUUCGAGGAAGGAGUGCGGUAUUGUGGUGGAAGCCGUGGUCAUCACGGUAAUAGCCCACGACAAAGGGUUUUUAGCUUUUUUCUGGGGCAAGUGCUCCGUGGAAGGACGAAUUUUGCGAUCUGAUGUAGAGGUGUUCACCAGCGAGUUGUUCUCACUGCGACGUAGAGACCAUCGGGACCAAGCAUACAUUUGCACCUUGAGAAGGUCUCACCCGCUAGUUGAAAGGCUGCAAGAUGGAGACAGAGUGUGCGUGUUUGUUAGAUCGUCCUACGAUUUUGAGAUCACGGUCAUGAAGGGGAGCAUCUUUGUUGCUUAUAACCGGCCCGACCAGGGGUUGAGGUCAGACGUUCUCGGCGGUUUGGUUUUGAAAGAUUGCGUGAGCAAUACCCGGCAUACGUUUCGAGCUGAGCCGUUUCCUCUUGUCCGUCAGGCUCUCACUCUUCCACUCUCUGAUGGAAGGCUUAAGCAAAUCAUAUCUGAUCAUGAUUUCUCUUCAUAUUAUGAUGCGUUAUCGAAUUCCGAUGGAUCAUUUGAUACCGAUGAUUAUUUUCAUUUUUCCGCAAGUCGCGCUGUUUUUUUUCCACAUAAUAAUUUAAUUGCUUCCAUUUUAUCCAAGUGGGAAUUGGUGAAUUCUAUUUUGUACCGAAAAUGUGAUAUGUGCGAUACACUCUUCAAAGGUGAACGUGGUUGGCAUUGCAACGUGUGUAAUGACUUUGACAUGUGUGAAACUUGCUUCAAGAAAUCGGUGACUGAGAAUGGGGAGUCUCCUCCUCCCCAUCAGUUGGACCAUUCCAUGUCAGUUUUUCAGUCACCCAAUCGACCUGAAUUUGAACCAAUUCUGAUGCCGUAUGAAAAGGGUAUAGAUUAUUUGAAUUGGGGGUAUGUGGUGUACGAGUACCCAAAUGUGCGGUGGUGUGAAACUUUUGAGUUUAUUCGUUGAGACUUACAAGGUUCUCACUGCAGUGAAAUGUGAGAUUUUAGUCGUGACUAUUGAAGGCAACAAGUGGAUAACACAAGACAAUAAAACCAAUGCGAUAUUCAUUUGCGUACAAAUUGUUUAAA